CACAAGUGAAUCAUGGGGAGCUCUAGAAACAAGACUGAAUAACUAUUCCCAAAACAUGAUAUUCCUUACUGGACCAGCCAACUCCAAACUCCAAUAUGGCCUAUUAAAAACCCGCUUCCAUACAUGUUAUUCCGUCUUCACCCUUUUCCGAUCAGGAUCACCCCAAAAAGGAUCAUCCACCGCUCGCCAUUGUUUGAUGCCCUUGGGAUCUCUUUUUUGACUGACGUUAACUCUGUUCCAUAUAGCCUUGGUCUCCGGGCUGCCCAAGGCAUCGCGGAAGCUGCCCAGCUCUUUGGUUGUAGAAUCAACAGACUGCAUAAAGGCGGCAUACAUGGCCUCGGCUAGAUGUUAUGGGUGACUAUAGUCAGAAUACGAAAAGGAGGGUUGAGCAGGGGUUAGAGGGGGGCAUACGGGAGGGUUGUUUGGUAUUCAGCGGCUCCAGCAUGCGCGGAAGCGCCGAGCGAAGCCGUCGAAGCUGUAUCCGACGUUAGAAUAUGCCCCCGGAUCACAACGAGUAAGUUGACCAGUGUGCAUAACUUGCCUGGAGAUGCAGCUGGUUCAAGUGGUAGAGUGCAUCCUCCAGCUUCUCCUCCUCCUGCUGCGCGCUGUCUUUGGCUGGUUGGGCCUGGGUUGGAUGAUUGCUGGCCAUUUCUGCUAUUUCCAGGGUGCCGUCUCUCGUUUCACCGACAGUGAUGGAUGCAAGGCACAGACCGACGACCUCACUCAUGCUGCCGCUGUUGGCUCGGCUGCUACCAAGAGCCAGCAAAGCUUGGCAAACAAGUUUUUUGCCUCCCUCUUCAGGGACACGCACAGCACAGGGAGUCUGGCUGUGGCUGAAAAUGCAUUUGCCUACCUUAUUAUGGUCGAUGGUCCGAGCGCCCUAAAGGAAUCGGCCUGGUGGAAGUCCAGCUCUUGCUUCCAUUUUCUGUAG